AUGAAUUUAUCACAGUAUUCAGACAAUACCGGUGCUCGUUCUACUUCAUUCUUAAUAGAAGAUAUUUUAUUGAACAAGCCUAAACAACUAGCAAGAGAUUUUAAUACACUUGCUAAUAUCAACAGGGCUAACUAUCCGGAUUAUGGAUAUUGUUUUCCUGGGGGUCCAGCUUUCUACGCACACCCGUUUUUCACGCACGGAACUGGAUUUCUACCCAAACAUCCAGACCACCCAGCUUUUCUUAUACCUACAGCAGCUGGCAUUCCCCUGGCACCAUUGUUUCAACAUGACAGUCCAGGUAAACACUGUCGACGUCGUAAAGCCAGAACAGUUUUCAGUGAUCAACAGUUGAAUGGUUUAGAGAAACGCUUUGAAAGUCAGAAAUAUUUAUCUACACCAGAGAGAAUGGAAUUGGCUUCACAACUUAAUCUCUCUGAAACACAGGUGAAAACGUGGUUCCAGAAUCGGCGAAUGAAACAAAAGAAAGGACAGAGAAAAACUCAAUCUGAAGGAGGACAUUGUAGCGAUCAGGAAAGUACAGAUUUAAAUGUCAGUGAAUCUUGCCAUGAUGAUAGUUUUGAAAGUCAUUCAUCAAAAUAA